GAGAGGAGGCCAGUGGUGCGCGAGGAGGCGGCCAAUCUGGGCGGCCUGACAAUGCUGCAGUACGAGGAUUCCAAGUACACGUGCCUCUUUGAGAGUCUGACGCCCCUCACUCGAUUCCUCGGAGUCUUCACCUCCGUCGUUCUGUGCGGGGUCGGUGUCGAUAUUUCCUUCCACCAUCACCCAAUGGGUCUCUACAUAAUAGUGUGUGCAGUGCUGGUUUUCUUCUUAGAAAUCACGUGGACCGUCUCGUUAUUCCUGCAAGUUUGCUCCCGGGGUGAGCGGAGCUGCCUGUGCUGGCGCUGGGUGCUGUGGUUCGCCGGAUGGAAAAAAAGCUUGCUGUACUGCGGAAUCGCGGCCGCGCUGAUUGCCUGGCCGCACCACCUCUGGCUUUCCACCGUCGCAGGCGGAAUGUUGCUGCUGUUGGCGUCGUGUUAUGCCCUCCUGUCGCUCAGUCCGACCCACCCCAGCCCCGGAUCCAGACUUUUGCAUGCUGAAGACAGCUGCGACAGAUUUGACACAGACAUGUUGGAUGACUCGUUCUCAGCUUCGGAGUCUCCUUUGAGACAUCCUCGGACGGCAGGUCGGACAUCGGCGGUCAUUCUGGACAUCUAGCAAUCCGGAGCCUCUGCGGCGCAGAAAAAUACAUUGUGAUAUUUUAUUUUCAGAAGGACUGUCUACGUAGGUCGUUAAUGUAAAAAUUAAAUUUAGGACGUUUUUAACGAAAAAUAAAUUGCACGCACUUUUAUCAAGGACUGCAGGUUUGCGCACCGAUUUUGAAAUCAGGCUGCUUCAGUGCACAAUUAAUAACUCAAAGUAAGAAGAAGUGCUUUCUGGCCUUUAGAUUUUCCCAUAGGGAAAAAAUAAAAUAAUGUUUUAAAGAAUAA